CAGAAUUCAAGAAAUAUUUAUUAGACAUGUGGAAACUAAACUUUCUACUUUUAUCCCAACUUUUAACCGCCCACGGUGGGACAAUUUCACCCAGCCUGCUCUCCAAGGUGCAAAAUGGGAACAAAUCCGACGCCAUUCUGGAGCUUCCAUCCAUCUUUGAAAACGUGAUGAGCAAUCCGGCCCUCUCGUUGUUAUCCGGGAUGGCGAAAGUGAACAUGAUGACGACCCUCUUUAAAGAAGCCACAUCCGUCUCGCAAGCUCCCUUCCUCUCGGCCAUAUCCGGUUUGGGGAUAUCGUCCACCCCCUUCUGGAUUUCUAACGAUAUCGCCAUGAAGGACGUGGACUUGAACGCGGUACAAUCCCUAGCCGCACUUCCGGGAGUUUUCACCCUUCGAGAGCCCGUCAAGGUCAGGAUGAGUAAGAUUAACGAUGUGAACCGUUUUGCCCGACAAUCCGGGACACAAUGGGGUGUAACAAAAAUUCAGGCGCCAUCCGUCUGGUCGAGGAGUAAAGGGGCGGGAUCCGUUGUGGCGAGCAUAGACACGGGAGCGUACAAGGAACAUGAAUCUAUUCGGGACAAUUAUGGGGGAAAAUGGUACGAUCCAAUUUACGGGAAAACUGCGCCGGACGAUAGACAGGGUCAUGGGACUCAUACGAUUGGAACCAUGGUCGGACGCAGUAACGGGAUAGGCGUGGCCCCCGACGCGAAAUGGAUAGCAUGCCGUGGCCUGGAUAAUAGCGGGUCGGGGAGUGAGUCCUGGCUGAAAUCGUGUGGGCAAUGGGUCCUCCAACAGAGGCCGACGGUCUGCUGUAAUAGUUGGGGGGGCGGAGGGGGUCAGACAUUUUAUAAUGAUGUCGUCAAGAGUUGGCGAGCCGCUGGUAUAAUUCCCGUAUUUGCGAAUGGUAAUGCUGGGUCGGAUUGUCGAACGGCGGGAUCGCCGGGAGACCAGCCAAACUUGAUCUCGGUCGGAUCCACGGACUCGGACGAUCAGAUGUCCUACUUCAGCAGCAGGGGUCCUUCUCCGACGGGUGCGAUUAAACCGGAAAUAUCCGCGCCUGGAGGGAACAUCGUGUCGGCGGGAAUUUCAAGCCCGACAAGCUACACGUCCAAGUCAGGGACGAGUAUGGCCACGCCCCAUGUGGUGGGAGCGAUUGCCUUGAUGAAGGCGGUUAACCCGGGCUGGACGUAUGACAAUGUUUUGUCCGCCCUUAGUAAGACGGCGGAUCGUCCAAACGUCUCGUCAAACGAUUUAGGCUGUGGGAGAAAUACGUCGUCAAACUAUCCCAAUAAUGCGUAUGGGUUUGGGAGAAUUAAUGUGAAGAAGGCGUUGGGCAUGUGAAGGUGGGAAAUUGAUGGGUGAGGAAUAAAUUUACCCUGGUUGAGAUUUAUGUGUUAAUAAAAUUGCAUUUUAAAAAGCCGCGGGAUAAA